AUGGACCAGUCCGAUCCCCGCCAAAUCCCCACAAAGGCCGGAACGGAGAACUCCCCUGCCAACGAUGCGAUCAUGAUCGGCAAAGACCUCGAAGCGUGGUACAGCGAACCGGAGAAAGACUGUGAGAAAAUUUGGGAGAUUCAUAGCGCAUUAAAAGAGGCUUCUGCCAUCGACCAAAGCAAUUUGGGUGGUUUCCUGAGGUUGCGGUGGUCGGCAUAA